GAUCCCUCCCAGGAGCGGAGUGAGCGCAGGGAGCCCCGGCUGCUAAAGCCUACCGCCUCAGAGGGACGAUGGUGGAGGGCUGGUAAAGAUGGCGGCUCUCUCCGAGGAUGGGAGGUACGGAUUAAAUUGUGGCGAUCAAGGCGCCGAAAGAGUCACCGUGUUGCACGUCAAAUUGACCGAGACGGCGCUGAGAGCUGUAGAAAAUUACCAAAAUAGCACGAAUGUACCUUAUUCACGGCCUACAAUACAAUUCAAGGGACUCCAAGGGCACAUUAAAAUUCCCAAGACAGACUCCACCCCAGACGCCUUCCACAAUUUUGAUUUCUACCUGUCUAACGUGGGCAAGGACAACCCUCAGGGAAGCUUUGAGUGCAUCCAUCAGUAUGUGUCGAGCUCAGGGGCCUCACACCUGGCAUUGUUGGCGACCGUACAGGACAAGGUCACUGUGUGCGCCACCAAUGACUCCUACCAGGUGACCCGGGAACGUAUGACCCAGGCUGUGGAGGAUACACGUGAACGCGGGACCAAAGUCAUCAAACCUGGGGGCCAGUACAGAGCUCGUAAGCCUGCGCUAUCAGCCCCAGAUGUUGUCCCAGAGCGCAAACGCUCCACACCCAUCAACCCAGCCAACACCAUCCGCAAGUGCCUUUCCAACAACCCCGUCUCUCAGAAACCCCUCCGGGACCGCAUCGUUCACCUUCUGGCGCUGAAGUCUUACAAAAAACUGGAGGUGCUCGGUCGGUUGCAGCGGGACGGCAUCAACCAGAAGGAUCGGAACUCACUCGGGACUACCCUGACACAGGUGGCAAGCCUGAAUCCCAAAGACAACACCUUCUCACUGAAGGACUAUAUAUAUCGUGACGUCCAGCGAGACUGGCCUGGUUAUUCUGAAGAUGAGAAGACUCAGGUUGACCGCAUCUUGGCCCGUAAACUGGGUCUGUCUACUGAGAGAGUCUUGUCAAGCAGUUCCCCUAAAGACAGUUUCCCCACCUCUCCUCAGAAGCGCCAGCCAGACUUUGACUUCACUGAUCCCUUGGCACCCAAGAAAGCCCGCAUCUCUCACCUCAGCAGUCGAGGGCCAGCCGCAUCUUCCUGCUCCUCGGACCGCCGGGAGGACGAGGGCAGCCCCAGCUCCAAACACUCGUCUCUACCGCCYAGCGUUACUUCGGGCCCUCCCUCCCACCUGCCCAUCUCAUCCCACCCUCCGCCGCAUCAGCAGCCCAGCCCGGCCUCCAACUCCAACUCRCCCAGCACCCCAGAGGGCUGCGGCACCCAGGACCUGCCCACAGACCAGAGUUCCUCCUGCAGAGACCCUUCGCCCGGCCCCCUUCCUUCCGACAGGACCCUGCAGGACCAAUGUCGGCACCCUGUCCCCAGGGCAUCUGCCUCCCCCAGCCCCCCUCCCUGCACCUCUCUCACAGUUACCUCCACYGUCAUCACCAGCCCUCCCUUGUCUAGCAGCACGAAUAAAAAGCUGAAGAAGAAAUCCAAGAAGCACAAAGAUCGAGAGAAGAAUAAAGGGAAACAAACCGACGGAGCCAGAUUCGCUCCUCCGAUUGUAGCGGAGCAGGCAGAGGACAACCGUAGAGUUAAGAAGAAGCGCAGCGCUGAACAAGACUGUGGAGAAGCUCCUGACAAAACCUCCCAUAAAGAUCAAGUCAAAGAGAAGCCGGUCCAGUCCACUGAAUCCUCGUCUAAACUUGAGAGUCCAGACUAUGUAGUGAAGUACACGCCCCUCGUGUCUGUUGACCAGAGACAGAACUACAAGGAUGACUUCAACGCAGAGUACGACGAGUAUCGCCAGCUGCACGCCCAUGUGGAGAGCAUCACCCGCCGCUUUACCCAGCUCGAUGCUCAGUGCCGGAAGCUGACACCCGGCACCAAGGAACACCAGAAAGUGCAAGAAGAAGUCUUGAAAGAGUACAAAAAGAUGAAACAACACAACCCCAGCUACCACGAGGAGAAGCAGCGCUGCGAAUACCUGCACAACAAACUGGCCCACAUCAAGCGCCUGAUCGCUGACUUUGACCAGCGCCGAGCCCAGGCCUGGUGCUGAGAGAGCCGCACCGCCGAGCAGUAUUGUCAAACCCCGCUCUUAUUUAUUAUAACAUCUCUUUCAUUUCCUGCCUUCUCAAACGCUUUCUCGUCAUCCUUCAUUCCCUCCUUCUUGGUUUUGAUUCCACGGGCGUCUUUACUGCCUGAAAUGUUGAAAGUCUCUCUGACUUUAGUACCCAUUUUUUUUUUUUUUUUUUUUUUUUUAAUUCUCCUCCUGUGGAACUCGUUACCACCGGAUCGACUUGCAUGAGCGACGAGACGUGUGGAGAAAAAAAAACUUCAACUCUAACUUUGUGAAGGACACUCGCUUAAGAGAAAAGUAUUUUUGAGCAUCAGAGAAAAUAUUACCUUGUAUUUAACUAAAAAAAAAGAGGGAGAUCUAUUUAUUUUGAGAUUCGUAGUGGAAAGAAGAGUUAGCAGAUGAUAUAUUUGAUUUUCUUUUUUCUUUUUCUUGAACAAUGCAACAUGUAUUACCACAGGCCUUAUGUGUUGAAUUUGUGAAGCCAUUUUGCACACAACCCUCUCUACAACUUCUCAAGAUCUCCCCGCUGCCUCACAUCCUCUCUCUCUCUUGUUUUUGUUCCCUUUUUUUUUUCCAAAACACGACUGUACUGGAAAGCCUGAGUGGAGAGAGAGGAAGUGAGACCCUGAGGAGAAAACCACCCGAGAAGCAGCAGCACGUGUGCGCCGGGUGAUGAAUUUCAGUUGUGAUGACCACAAAGGGGGGCAUUGAGAACAGGAGGACGAUCCCUGUGUCACCCGUGGGUGGGGAGGGCCAACGUGUGUAAAUUUCUUAAAGCCUUACGGCGUUUACUUUAUGAAAAAUUAAUAAUAACGAUAAUAAUAAAAAAAUGAGCUGGGCCUGCCCCAAGAGUCCACACACACUAUGCAAAGGAACUGCAACUGCCUGGAAACCUUGUUUGUGUGUGUGUUUAAUGUUGGAGGAAGGAGUGUUACAAAUUGUUUGUAUGGUUGAGUAACAGGAGAAGUAAGAACAACACAAAACAAACAACAAAAAAAAUAAAAAAAACGCUGCUAUGAUGUGUGAGCAGCCAGGACCAGGAUCCACCUGGCUGCAGAGACAGAACCAGAUCUUUUAAAGAAGAGAUGCAAAGGAUCCAGUUUUUUUUUUCACAGUGGUUCUGUGAAGAAGAACCCCCCUCACUCCCCCCCUCCUCCUUUGUUAUGAGCCUGUUUCAGUUUAAAAAAUAUUUAAAAAAAGAAGAAAAAAUAAAAAGAGGAAGCCACUGUCACAUCCACCAAUGGACCCAUCUGUACUGUGAUGUUCUCGAUUCUUAGUUUGACUUCCAGAAAGCAGCGCGAGAGUUUUUCUUUUCUUUUUGUUUUCACGGAUUGAUAGAUGGCUUCUUUUCUGUUCUUUAUUUCAGCAAGGGAAGAAAAAAAAAGUUGUUUACAAACUUGUGUUAGGAUAUGUUUGCCAAAUAUUAAAUGCCUUUCUGGUCCUGCUUCCAUGGAGUAAAGUUUCUGAAAGGAGACGUGAAUACUAACAAAUGAGUCGCAUCGAGGAGAACUAUCGCUCCUCUUUCACAAAUAUCAGCCUCUCAAAGAAUAAUCUUUGAAUAUUAAGAGUCUGACUUGUACUGGAGAACAUCUGACGCUGUUCUCCCCUUAAAUGGAGACUUUAAAAUCAGUUUUCUGCUGUCAGCACGUCAGUCUCUGCAGUAGACUGGCUGUUGAGGCUCAAAGAAAACAGAAAAUCAGCAGCUGAUAAAUGUUUUGCUUUAUUAAAUUAUUUACAGUUUUGAGCUACAAAGGGCCUGUAGCCUCCACAGCAUUCCAACAGUUUCUGUCCUAACCAGAUGUGCUCUGGAGUUUAGUUGGAACAGCACGGGAUGGAAAGAAACCGUGAUUAAACGGAGAGAAGGGGGCGUUUGUUGAGUCGUAACGAUGAAGCUGAUAAAAGCCCAAUCAGACAAGAAACUACAGGAAAUCAAGUGAAUCUGGGCUGUGAUGUCACCCCGCCCACCUGGAAAUGUACACAUUUCAAUGAAAAUAAACUUUAGUUGAUCUGGAAA